UGCGCCAGACAGGCAGCCGGCUGCAGAGUCCGGCAGCCGCCGCCGCGGCUUCUCCUUCUCCCCCAGCUGCAGCUGCCCCAGCUCCUCACGUCAAAGCAGCGGCUGCCAAUGGGCAGGGGCGGCCGCGGCGUGGGGCCGGGCGGGAGCCAAUGGCAGGGGAGGGAGGUUUCCCAGAGCAGCCACCGCCCCCCCCGGCCGCCAGCCCCGGCUCCCGGGCUCGGCGCGCAGCAGAGUUUCGCCCGCGGCGGGGAGAUGCCGCUCGGGCGCCUCCGGGUUGCAGAUUUGCAACCAACAUAAUGCUGGAGCUCCAAACUGGGAACAAGCAUUUCACAGCAUGGCACAGUUGGAACUUCAUCUCGACCAUGAUAUAUCGUGGUUCCUUCUACCCUCUUACUGGGCUAAAAUUGUUGUGGGGCUUAUUUCCUUCCUGUGUUUUGCUAACAGCUAUGAUGGAGAUUUUGUCUUUGAUGAUUCUGAGGCUAUCAUCAAUAAUAAGGACCUCAGGGCAGAAACCCCCCUUGGCGACCUGUGGCAUCACGACUUUUGGGGUAGCAAACUCAGCAGCAAUACCAGCCACAAAUCAUAUCGACCACUUACUGUCCUAACCUUCAGACUUAAUUACUUUUUUGCUGGAGGCUUCCACCCAGUUGGUUUUCAUGUCAUCAAUAUAAUACUGCAUUCCAUUAUCUGUGUGUUAAUGGUUGAUGUCUUCUCAAUAUUAUUGGGUGGGCUGCAGUACAGCAGUAAAGGAAGAAGGCUAAACCUUGCUCCAAGAGCAUCUCCACUAGCUGCUUUACUGUUUGCUGUACAUCCAGUACAUACUGAAUGUGUUGCAGGCAUUGUUGGCCGCGCAGACCUGCUAUGUGGCCUGUUCUUUUUGCUGUCUUUCCUUGGAUAUUGUAAAGCAUUUAGAGAAAAUAAAGAAGGAAACCAUUUUUCUGUAUUUUGGGUGCUGGUGAGCGUUCUCCUAGGUGCAAUAGCCAUGCUGUGCAAAGAACAAGGAAUUACAGUACUGGGUUUGAAUGCUGUAUUUGAUGUUCUGGUCAUUAGCAGACUAGAUAUUUUGGAGCUUGUUCACAAGGUACUGCAUAAGAACAAGUCACUGGAGAAUGUUGGGUUGUUUAGAAAGGGACUUCUCUUCAGGAUCACUCUUCUGUUGUCUGGAGGGGUCACUAUACUUUACAUACGGUGGAGAAUCAUGGGCACAGGACCACCAGCGUUCACUGAAGUAGACAACCCAGCUUCAUUUGCAGACAGCCUAUUUGUGAGAGCUAUAAACUAUAAUUACUACUAUUCGUUGAAUGCAUGGUUGCUGCUCUGUCCCUGGUGGCUGUGUUUUGAUUGGUCAAUGGGCUGCAUACCCCUUAUUAAAUCAGUCAGUGACUGGAGAAUAAUUGCACUAGCAGCACUUUGGUUCUGCCUAAUUGGCCUUAUAUGCCAAGCUCUAUGCUCAGAAGACAGCCAUAGGAGAAGAAUUCUUAUGCUGGGACUGGGGUUCCUGAUUAUCCCUUUCCUUCCUGCAAGUAACCUGUUCUUUCGAGUAGGAUUUGUUGUUGCAGAGAGAGUCAUCUACCUUCCCAGUAUUGGAUAUUGCAUUCUGUUUAUAUAUGGAUUUAGUUUAUUGAGCAAACAAGCCAAGAAAAAGAAAAUUCUUACUGCUGCCAUACUGGGAAUCUUGUUGAUAAACGUGAUGCGCUGCAUUAUCCGCAGUAAUCAGUGGAGAUCUGAAGAACAGCUUUUUAGGAGUGCUCUGUCCGUGUGUCCUCUCAACGCGAAAGUGCACUACAAUGUUGGCAAGAAUUUGGCUGACAAAGGCAAUCAAACAGCUGCUAUCAAAUAUUACCGAGAAGCUGUAAGGUUGAAUCCCAAAUAUGUACAUGCCAUGAACAACCUUGGAAACAUCUUGAAAGAAAGAAAUGAGCUCCGGGAAGCAGAGGAGCUGCUGUCCUUAGCUGUGCAAAUACAGCCUGAUUUUGCUGCUGCAUGGAUGAAUUUAGGAAUAGUCCAGAAUAGUUUAAGAAGAUUUGAAGAAGCAGAGCAGAGCUACUGGACUGCAAUUAAACACAGGAAAAUAUACCCAGACUGUUACUACAACUUAGGACGUUUGUAUGCAGAUUUGAAUCGCCACAUAGAUGCACUGAAUGCAUGGAGAAAUGCUACAGUUUUGAAACCAGAACACAGUUUGGCCUGGAACAACAUGAUCAUAUUGCUUGACAAUACAGGCAAUUUAGCACAAGCAGAAGCAGUUGGAAAAGAGGCCCUGGAAUUGAUACCUAAUGAUCAUUCUCUUAUGUUUUCUUUGGCAAAUGUAUUGGGGAAAUCUCAGAAAUACAAGGAAUCUGAAGCUUUGUUUCUCAAGGCAAUUAAAGCCAAUCCAAAUGCAGCCAGUUACCACGGUAAUUUAGCUGUGCUUUACCAUCGCUGGGGAAAUCUUGACUUAGCCAAGAAACACUACGAAGUCUCUCUGAAGCUUGACCCUACAGCACCCGGGACCAGGGAAAAUUACAACCUCUUGAAAAGAAAACUGGAACAAUUGCAGAAGAAAAGCAAUGUCUGAUGUUUCUUUCCAGGUUGUCAGUGCAUGCUGCAUACCAUUCAUGCUACAUGGCUACUCUUAACCAUGUGAAGGAUUCAGUCAUUGUUUUUAAAAAUAAUAAUGACAGCACCAGCAAUGCACACUUGAAUGCACACGCCUGAUAUGGUCUUGCAUUGGAAAUUUAUUUUUUCAAAUAACUCAGCUGUGGAAUCUUAAAAUGUCAGCUGAGGACUUAGGUAUCUUUUAUCUCUCUCUUGUUUUUUUUUUUAAAUCUCAACUGUUUUUCCAGUCCAUUAAAAACAUUGAUAUAGGUAUAAGAUACUAAUGCAGGGUGGAAUUUCACAGCUGUGCUUCACAGCACAUAGCAAAGUUUACUUUUACAUGUAGUUUGCAUAGUUCAUUUGACUUUUUAGUAACUGGACACUUAAAAUGCAAUUUUACUCUGAAAAGUAACUGAAAAAAUGGCAUUUCCUAUUUAAAAUUUUAUCUCUGCAUGUGUAAGGUUAUACCUGUUCAUGUCAGUGACUAUGGCUUUUUUUACUGUUCCUUGUUCCUAUCUUCACCUGGGAGGCAAUACACUUUUUGGAAGAGCAAAAUUGGAUUUUAAUCCAAUGCAUCAAGAGAAUUGUUAAACAAGUUAUAAUUGUUGGGCUAAAUUAUGCCCUCAUUUGUACCUGAGCUGUCUCUUUGAAGGUAAUAGGGUGUAUAUAGGUAAAUGAGGGCAUUAUUUGACAAUGAUCUGCAUAGUGGUCCCACAUGACUGCCUUCUGUCAAGGUAUAGAAUGGAAGGAGCUUUAGGGGGAAAAAGUCAUACCAAAGUAAUGCACUGGCUCAACAGGGUAGUGAUUUAAGGAAGGAACAUGACCACAAUACAAGAGAGAUGCUUUAAUUUAGCCUUCUUUCAGGCAGCCUCUGUUCAAAGAAUUCACAUAGAUCUUUAGCAAAAAGUUAUGGUUUUCUUCACUUUUGUGCCAGGUUGAUGGUGUAUACACAGCUUACUUUCUGCUAGGGUUUAGCCACUGUCUAUGGACAUUGUAAUAUCCACUGAUUCAAAUAAUAGAAACUUAAAGUCCCAGUAUCAAGGACAAACUAGGAACAAAGCCAGGGCACAGGUGUUAGUGACUGCAGAACCUGGCCUGUAGAAGCCUUUGCUACUGAUUGAUGCAAGAGUUAACGGAAACCUAGAUUCACCUUCAUGUCUCCAGGUGAGUUUGCUGAUGUGGCAGUUGGGGGGUGGGGAAUACAUAUUUAAAUUCCAAACUGAGUAAAUUUGAUACGCUAUUAAGAACCAUUUUUGUAUAGCAUCACUUCUCUGAGUAUACUGAACUUUGAACUUUCAUUUGGCAGCACAGAGGGAGUUAAGUAUUUGUGCUGAUGUUUAUAGCACAGCAAAGAUGCUGCUGCAUCAGGAAAUGCUCAUUUUUUUAACAUUGAAGGAACAGUCUAUUGGAUGUGAAAAUUGAGAGGCUUUACCUCUUUCUUCAUACUCCUGUAGUCUAUUUUUUUUUCCAUAUGGAGAAAUUGAUUCAUGCAAUAUUUGCAGCUUUCCUACGUUGUGUGAUAAUAUUGUACAAGAGAUUCGGAAAUAUUCUUAACAUGCCACUUUCAUAUUGUGUGUGUGUGUGUGUGUGUGUGUGUGUGUGUGUGUGUAUCUAUAUAUAUAUAUAUAUAUAUAUAUAUAUAUAUAUAUAUAUAUAUAUAUAUAUAUAUAUAUAUAUAUAUAUAUAUAUAUGAAUCUAUUUAAAAUAUCAGGUAAGUGUCCAUCAUAGUACAUGAUAUUAUUAUGUUACCUUGCCAUUUUUAAUGCCAUGUAAAUGUUAUACUUUUACAGAACUCUACCUUCUAUUUAUUUUUGGCUUGAAAAAGUGUCUCACAUAAUUAACACAACCAGUGGGUUUUUAAAGCUUUUUAUACUCUGCCUAAGAUGCAUUGGUUGUAGAGAGCAUUUUGCUGUGUCAGCCCCUAAAACAUAAAAUUUUGAUUUUGCUACAGAAAGGAAUUUCUAGAAGAGAAAAAAUCCACAAAACAGAGCAUUAUUUGUAUAUUUGUAGUAUCUGAUGCUGUUAAGGUUUAAAUUAUUAUUUUUGUCUUGCAGUUUACCUAUAUAAUGAUCCCUAGUGGCACGUACUGUUAGCUUUGUAUUAAUACAGUAGAUCAAUAUUACAUAUAAGGCAUGCAAUCCCUGUAGUUCAUUAAGAAGCAAAGCCAUUACAGAUAUUCCUCUGCAAAUAUCAACACAUCCUACUUAAGUGUUUUUAAUAGAAAUGAUAUGGCCAAAAACUGGACUUCCUGUUUUAUACUCUUGCAUUUUAAAAUGCAGGUUUACUGUUCAGGUAUAACCAUUAUGAUCUUUACUUAAUUUUCUGGAUAUGUAACAUCACAUAACAUUGGUUUUAAUUUUUUUUUUAAUUUACAAUUCCAUAUUUAGGAGCACAGAGAUGCAACAUGAAUACUUGCAUGACAGUAGUAACAGGAACACACUUAUAGUAGAGUGUAAGGUUGAAGCACAACUGACUUUGGAAAAAUAAAUGUGUGGAUUUACUUACUUGAAUUUAAGACAAGGUGUUUUUUUUUUUUUCUCCACCCAGCAUGGCGGGGAAAGUCCCUCAUUCAUGUCCAAAGUUGGAGGGGAGGGGAGGCAGGUGGCUUCUUCCCAGGUGGGUCAGAGCUAGUCAGACCCACACCUACCUUCUGCCCCCUGCCUCCCUCCAUUCCCCCUCUUACUGUUCAUCCCUCCUGCCCCCACCCCCACCCCCUUGACUGAAGCCAAGCUUUGGAGCCACAGCUUAGCUUCAGCUCUGGCUGGAUUCCCUCCCCAGCUUGGAGCACAUGGGAACGCUGUCCUCUCCCUGGCCAGAGUCAGCACCACCAAUACUGGCCUACAUGGCCAUCAGGGGCUAGGGGCUGCACUUCCAUGUUCUGUGCUCUGGGGAGGGAACAGAGCUAAGCAGCAUCUGACAGUGUGUGCGGGGGUGGGGAGCGGCAUAGAGAGGGAAAGAGGCAGAGAUUUUUGGGGAGUGGGAGGAAGGGGAAAUUCUGUGGGCUGUAAGGGGUUGGGGUGCCAGUGGCGGGGGCAGAAAAGCUGCAGGGGGAAGAAAAGCAGGGUGGGGCAGAGGGUAAAUAGACUCCCUGACCCUUCCCCUCUAUAUCCUCCCAGCCACUAUUUUCUGUGCUAUAGCAGUGGGAGGGGGCAAAUUUAAGACAACACUCUGAUAAUUAGAUUCUAUACCUGGAAAGUUAUAACAAAUUUAUCAAUUUACCAGUAUAUAAUCUAAUUAUGGGGGUCAUCUUAAAUUCAGGUUUGACUUAAAUUUGCAUAAAUAUGUUGUAUAUAGAACUUCUAUUAGUCUUUCAAGAUCACUGAAUAAAUUGUCAUGGCUAAUCCCAUAUCUUUCACUUUAUCUAUUUAAUGAGUGCAACUUAUUAAAUAUUAGUCCUGUGUUUAACAUAUAUGAAUGAACCUGUUGUUUGCUUUUUUCAGACCUGAAAAGCAAUUCCUUUGUCAAGUAGCAAACAUUAUCCUGUAAGAAGAAAAAAUGUAAAGAAAAUUUCAGAACUAAUGGCCAGAAGCUGCUGGAGAAUAGGUUCAGGUUAGAGAUUAGGAGGCACUAUUUCACUGUUAGGGUGGCUAGGAUCUGGAACCAACUUCCUAGGAAAGUGGUCCUCACUCCUACCUUGGGUAAAUUCAAAAAGAGGUUGGACAAACACCUGUAUGGGGUCGUGAGAUCCCUGCGUGUGCUCCUGCCAGUGGCGGGGGGGGGGGAGGGGGGGUCAGACUAGAUGAUCUGGUUCAGGUCCCUUCUGACCCCAAACUACUAUGAAACUAUGAAGAGCAGACCCAUUUAACGUUCCAUUUUAUCCAAUAAUUUCUACAUAGAGUGAAUACAGGGAUUUUUUUUUUUUUUUGCUUUUCCUUCUGACCAGUGAUUUCCUUCUUGAUCUUGCAGUGAAGUUUUUAAAGCUGAAUGUUGAUGUAUGUCCAUGAUCUAAACUGUGAUGUCAUGAAUGAAUGAUCCCAACACUUUACCUCAGGGUUCAUUUAUUCUAAUGAAAUUCUCAAGAUAGAACAAAGGCAGACAUUGUACAAGAACGGGAGUUUGACAGCCUCAGUUGUUAUUGUCAACCACUGUAAUUUUCAACAAGUUACUUAAGAAAACAUCCAGAAGUGCUCGCUAAUUUUUGGUUCCAGAUUACAAUAUUUUAGGGUAGGCUGGAUACUCAGCUUACCCUAAAAUAUGUAAGUUGGAUACCUAUUUGUAGAAGUGGAGGAAAUGAAACUUGUUAGACACAUUUUUAUAUAGAAGGUAUAAGAAUGAAACCCACUAUGUAAGUUUUUUAAGAAUACCAAAAAAUGACUAGUCAAGUAAAUAUUUGUAUGCAAAGUAUCAGGUUUCCUCUUAGGAAGUAUAUACUUAUUGCAGUUUAUUAUAAUGAAUAAACCUUGAAAGAAUUUAAAUAAUAUCAUAACAUCCUACCCAGGUACCCACAUCUAUUAAUUGAAGUCAUAUCCCUUUUUCAUGUGCAGUUGCUCUGUCCUUCCAAGGAAAUCCUCUACUCUAACUGUUCAUUCUGUUGUCUUAAGCUGGUACCUUGAGCCUGAAUUUGGGAUCUUGAAACACUUUGUGGUUUUUUUUUAAUAGUGUGCCUCGAUUUAUUAAGAAUCCUCAAAGACCUGAGUUCAGGUAGGAUGUGAUGGAAGCUACAGGUACACCUUGAGAGGGUCUGAUGGUAACUGAGUGAAGAAAUAAUAUAAUGAAAGACUAAUGAAGAUAUUAAUUCUAUAUGCUGCAUGGUGCUCUUAAAGCUGCUACUGAACAGCAAGCCCUCCCACCCCACUUCUGCUGUAUAUGCAUAAAACCCAGAACAAAACAGUGAGGAUGCUCUGGGGACCUUCACUCCUAAGAUCUGUCUCCUUGAGAGCAGCAGCAGGCAGAAUCCCAGGGGCAACCUUAUCACCUCAGUUCCUGUGUUUAGUGUGUCAAAAAUGUUAGAGGCAUUGUAGGUCUGUCCACAAUUUGCUUUGUUUGUUUGUUUUUUCUCAUUUUGUUUGCUUUUGGUGCUUUUAUAUAAAGUAAUCCUAACUUCAAAGGUUUGGCUACAGAAAAAAAUACAAAAUUUGGGAUGUUUUAUUUUCUGAAUUUGUUUGCCUAUUGUAGUGUCAGUUAAACAGUCAUGUUUUCUAAGACUGACUUAUUUCACUGUGCCCAGUCUUUUGUCUUUUAGAUUGUUUACAACAAAAUCAGGCAGAAAACUGUAUGUAAAGCUUUCAAUGAACUAUUUGAUAAUUUUAAACAUUGUCUAGUGCCAUUCUAAGCUCUAAACUUUAGCCGAUGGCUAAAAAACAGAGCAUAUUUAAUUCUAGCAUCUAAAUAUUUUACUUGAAUUUUGGUUCCUUUGUGCAUAUCAAACUUCCAGCAAGCAUGGAUGCACCUGUAGAUUCACAGGAUUCUCCAACUUGAACAAAUCUCUUAAUGAGCAAUUGAACAAAGCUUGUAUUUCUAAAGUUGUUAUUAGAGUAAUUAAUACAUGUUUGAAAAUACUACAUACCAUUAGAAACCACUGUGAGAACUCAAGUCAGAUUUCUGUGGUGUAAAACCUAAGUGCUGUGCUGAUAUCAGUAGCUGCAUGGGUCAUUGCAUAAUUGAGGACCACUUGUUUUCAGAAAUGCAUUGCAGUUUUGUGGCAUGGAUAUUUGGUAUGUGUUAACGUAUGAUACUACAGAUGAUUCAGGGUUUAUUAAAAUAUGUAUUUUUGUAUUAAAAACUCUGUUCACAGGGAUACUGAUAUCAGUAGCUUGUAUUUGAUGCUGAGAUCUAAGCUUUCUUUUCCUUAAUGUACAGUGUGAAUGAUCUAGGGUGCAAAUAGUAUAUAUAUUCCAACUAAGCAAGUAAACACAUUUGUAAAAAAGCCAAGUAAUAAAUCAUUUUGGUUUUGCUAUAA